AUGAUCAAGAAGGACAAGGGUGUGAAACCUAUUUUACUCAACAUUGCUUUGGCUUUGGGGUUUUCUUUUGCCGGAUUUCUUUGCUCACGCCUCAGAAUCAAUCAAGGUCAUGAAAUUGAAUCCAACGGGUCUAGCAGUGGAAAUUCUCCUAUUGAUCUUCGCAGUAACACGAAACAAAACGGUGAUAGAGAUGAGUUCCUCCUACCUGAAUUCGACGAGCUCGUUAAGGAGGUAGAAUUCGAAGUAGAGUCGCGGAAGUUAGAAGUAAGAUCUUCUAGAGCAUUUGCAGGUCCUGAUAAGGAUGACUAUGAACAAGAGAUACUUCAACUCAAGAACAUGGUUAAACUGCUUCAAGACAAGGAACAAAAUCUCGAGGUUCAGCUACUUGAGUACUACGGUCUUAGAGAGCAAGAAACGGUUGUGAUUGAGCUUCAAAAUAGAUUGAAGAUAACUAAUAUGCAGGUAGAGAUGUUCAAUCUCAAGGCUAAAAACUUACAGUCCGAGAAUCGGAGAUUAAGGGAACAGGUUGCUGAUCAUGGAAAAGUUCUGGCUGAGCUUGAUGCAGCAAAAGAAAAAAUCGAGCUGCUCAAUAAGGAAAUUAGGCGUGAAGCUGAACAGAAUAAAGAGCGGAUUGUUAGUCUUCAAGAAAGAGUAGCCAAGUUGCAAGACCAAGUGUGCAAAGACGCUGCUUGUGAUCAGGACAUCAAAAUUAAGCUGCAAAAGUUAGAGGCGCUUGAGUCUGAAGUAGAGGAGUUGAGGAAAUCUAAUUCAAGAUUGCAGAUAGAGAAUUCGGAGUUAACUAGAAGAUUUGAUUCUAUGCAGAUUCUUGCUAAUGAUGCGAAUCAAGAAAGUGAGCGUCUUAGAAAAGAAAAUGAGGAUUUGAUGAAGCAAAUUGAGCAACUACAAUCUGAUCGACGUUCAGAUAUUGAAGAAUUAGUGUACAUGCGGUGGGUCAAUGCCCGUUUACAACAAGAGCUGCAGAAUCAUCGGCCUCUACACAAUAAAACGGUUGCAAAGGACUCUGAGAAGAAAGCCAAGAAACUAAUACUUGAAGAUACUGAUACUAAUGGACUAGGGAGUACUAUGGAUUUUGAUUUAAAUCAACGGUCCUCCUCGCAAUCUUCUUCUAUUACUGACUCUGGAGAGUAUGAUCAUUUUUUUUCCAGAACUAACGCCCCGAGUCAGAACAAGUUUUUUAGCAAGCUUAGAAGAUUGAUAUUAGGAAAGGAUGGACAUCAUCGUCAUAGUCAGGUUUCAUCUAGAUAUCAAGAAGAUAUCAAUCCUCAACGACGGAGUACAUCAACCAACACUGACGGCAGAACUUCCUUUGAUAGGAGAAAUUCAAGUUUUGACGGUAGAACUUCCUUUGAUAGGAGAUAUUCAAGUUUUGACGGAGAAGGUUCGUUCUCCGACUUUUUAGGCAUAGAGAAAUCUGAUUUGGAGAAAUAUGCAGAAGCUCUAGAAGAUUCUAGUGCGAAUGAUAAACAUCAAAGGCAAGGAAGAUCAACAUCAUUUAGUUAG